CAGAAAUGAAAGUAUAAACAAGGGGAAGAAGGGAAGAAUUUUUUUCAGGAAAAUAAAUUAAGGAUGUAACAAACACCACUAGGUAUUUAGAAGGUGAAAAAUAGAUAAAAAGAAGUCACUUCAGGAAUGACAGCAACGGUGACCAGUAACAAAAGGGACAAAUCCGAGUCCCUAACUGAGAAGCUAACCUGACAAGAUGAACGUUCAAAGGAGAAAAAACUCACAGACACAUAAUGAACCCCACCGGGACCAUCGUGGUUUCAUUGGGACCCACCGUGUGUCCCAAGGGACCCAAGGUAACUCAAAACAACUUUCUCACCACCACCAUCAAAAGCAUGGAGGACGGCAUGAACAGCACAUAACGAUUCCGCAAGUUCCACGAAAAAAUUACCUAUAUUUUCUGGAAGAGAAACGAAGAUUACAGUUCAAGAAAUUCCUCCUCCACAGAAUAUUUCUUGUGGCCAAGAUAUCGGCAAAUGCGGAUAAGAAAAAAAUUGCUGAGUACUAUGAGCAAGUGUAUCAAAAUAUACUCAAGUUACACGUGGGAGAAAAUGUCACUGGGAUCAUCCUUAUCUAUCCUACGACCACUCUCCAUGUCAUUGAGAGCUCCUCUGGGAUGCUUUACCAAAUUCUUCAAGACUAUGUUUCUCAUGAAGAAGAUGAACCUAGUUUUUUGCUCCAAGAUCUUAAAAUUUUAGUUGUGUCUCAUAACAUUCCGACGAGACUCUUCAUGCAAUGGUACACCUCUAUGAUCACUGUGCCAGUCAUGUACCUGGAAGAUAUCACACAAUCACAAUCUAAAGACGAGGUGGUUUCUGAAUGCCUCACCCUGCUCAAGCUGGGCAUGUAUCUCUUAAGGAAUGUUAAGGUGGGCACCAAAGGACCAGGAGAUACCCUGCACAACCUUGUGCCUGAACUUAUCCCUUCUGAAGAAAUCAUAAAGUAUCUGUGUAGAGCUGAAGGCUUUCUGGCACCUGCAGAGUUUUUAAGAAUGUAUAACAAGCCUAUUCAUGUGACACUGGAUGCCGAAGUCGUGUGGCCUGCCCCCACACCUCUAUAGGACAAAGAUGGAUUUCUUUUAGAUUGUUUUAGUUCUCAUCAAGCAUUGUCUUGUUGACAUAGAAUAUAACAAUAUAACUAGGGCAUUUUUAAUUACUUGAAACAGAAUAACAGCUUAUAACAUAGUCAUGUGUCCACUGAUGUGGAUAAAUAAAUCCA